UCUCUCUCUCUCUCUCUCUCUCUCUCUCGCUCUCUGCAUAUGAUUUUCUCUCCUCUCUCCACAGUCGGGGCUUGGUGGUGAAAAGGAGGAGGGGGGAGGGAGGGUGGUCUUGCAGUCGACGAGAGGAACAGGAGUUUAUUGAGGAGUAGCUGCAACGAGAGGGAAAAACGCAUGCAACUGAGCGCCGUUGCCUUGCGGACGGCGAGAAGAGACAAAAAAAAGAGGGAAAGGUCGCGCUCGGACGAAUGACCGCUCUCUGCUGAGAAACUGUCGCUUGAAUUGUUUAACUUGUUGAUGCGACGUUAUUGUGCCGUUUUCCUCUAUCGUCUGGCUGCAGUGACAGAUAGAUGGGUGGCGGAAUCGCAAGUAUUCUCAUCCGAGGAUAGGUAUUUUAUUAAACUCCCGUGGAUGCAGUUUAAAGAGCAACCUUCCCUAAGAUGCAAUUUAUCUCUGAGCCAUAGCACUGUGAUAACCGGAGCAGGGUCGUUUUAAACACUACAGGUCAGCAUGGCAGCAGGUGUAGCGGCAUGGCUCCCCUUCGCCCGUGCGGCAGCCAUAGGAUGGAUGCCCGUGGCGAGCACCCCGAUGCCCAUCCCUCCCCAAGACAAGAGGAAAGCCCAGGACGGACUCAUCAUCCUCAACGUGAGUGGGACCAAGUUUCAGACGUGGCGAAACACUUUGGAGCGGUACCCGGACACUUUGCUGGGGAGCACGGAGAGAGACUUCUUUUUCCACGAGGAGACAAACGAGUACUUUUUCGACCGUGACCCUGACAUAUUUAGACAUAUACUCAAUUUUUACCGCACGGGGAAACUACACUAUCCGCGCCAAGAGUGCAUAUCUGCGUACGACGAGGAGCUCGCUUUCUUUGGUAUAAUCCCCGAGAUCAUUGGGGACUGCUGUUACGAGGAGUACAAAGACCGGAGGCGCGAAAAUGCAGAGAGGCUUCAAGACGACGAGGAGAUGGACAUGAACAAUGACGUCACGCCGGUGAACCUGACGUACCGGGAGUACCUGUGGCGGGCUUUUGAAAACCCUCACACCAGCACCUUAGCUCUGGUCUUCUACUAUGUUACAGGCUUCUUCAUUGCCAUAUCAGUGAUGGCCAAUGUGGUGGAGACGGUUCCGUGUGGGACUCUGCCCAACAGGUCAAAGGAGGUUUCCUGUGGAGACCGUUACGCACUGGCUUUCUUUUGUUUAGACACUGCGUGCGUCAUGAUAUUCACUGUUGAGUAUCUCCUCCGUUUAAUCGCAGCUCCCAGCCGGUACAAGUUCAUGAAAAGUGUGAUGAGCGUCAUUGACGUGGUCGCCAUCAUGCCUUAUUACAUUGGCCUGGUCAUGACCGACAAUGACCAGGUGAGCGGCGCUUUCGUCACGCUGCGAGUCUUCCGGGUCUUUCGGAUUUUCAAGUUCUCCCGGCACUCUGCGGGGCUGCGCAUCCUGGGCUACACCUUGAAGAGCUGCGCCUCCGAGCUGGGCUUCCUACUAUUCUCCCUCACCAUGGCCAUCAUUAUCUUUGCAACGGUCAUGUUUUAUGCAGAAAAAGGCUCCACAGCCAGCAAGUUCACCAGUAUCCCCGCAGCGUUUUGGUACACCAUUGUCACCAUGACAACACUGGGGUAUGGUGACAUGGUGCCAAAAACUAUCGUGGGGAAGGUGUUUGGGUCCAUAUGCUCUCUGAGUGGGGUGCUGGUCAUUGCCUUGCCUGUCCCUGUCAUAGUGUCAAACUUCAGCCGUAUCUACCACCAAAGCCAGCGGGCGGAGAAGCGACGAGCCCAGAGGAAAACUCGGCUUGCUAGAAUCCGCGCUGCGAAGAUUCGAGGCACUAAUGCCUAUAUGCGCUACAAACAAAAUGGGCUCCUGAUCGACUCACUGGAGGAGGCCUCCAAGGAGGCAGGACAGGCCCUGGUGGGGAAGGCCGCCAGCCCUCCUUUUGAGAGCCAGCAUCAUCACCUGCUGCACUGCCUGGAGAAAACCACGAAUCAUGAAUUUGUGGACGAGCAGACGUUUCAGGCCAACUGCAUGGAGAUCUCUACAGUGAACAAGUCGGGGUCCCGCUCCUCCUCGCUGUCCUCGUCUCCGCACGGCCUCGGCUCGUGCUGCUCUCGACGCCACAGGAAGAAGAGCAGCUUCAGCCUGCCUAGCACAAACAACCAGGAGCUCAGCACCAUACAGAUAAGGGAGAGGCCGGUGGUCAACAGCCGCUCCAGCCUGAAUGCCAAACUCGAUGAGACUGUGCCCUUGAAAUGUGACGAACCUUACAUCACUCCCUCCAUGGUCAGCCUGUCUGCCCCGGUGGUGACCUCAUCAGACGGGGACGGCUCCACCACCACCACCGCAUACUCUCAGAGCAACAUUGUCCGAGUAUCUGCCUUGUAGAUGUCAUGCCUAUCUUAUCAGCUAACUGGUCUCAAGAAGCACCAGAUGCUGAGGAGAGGGACCACCGAGCAUCAACCUGCCAUAAUCUAGUGGGAUUAUAAGAUUAGCAGAGGUCGGGGUUUUUUGAAGUAGUGAUCUCAUCUGAUGUCAAACUCUGCAUGGUAUUAGAAUGAUGUGGACGGCUGCCUUGGAAUAAAAGCGACCAGCAGAUCUUGCUCCAUUAAGCACAGCAGAGCAAGGAAGUGUUGGGAUUGCGUGGUUAUCAUUGUUGCCUAAACAUACUGAGAAAAAAUACUUUAUUUUUGAAUAUGUAAUGUAGGUGUAUUUGUUGUCUUCUGAUUCAAAGGAGGAAAGGCAGUUGUUUAAAGGUCACUCUUGAUGACCUCUGAUGACAAAGCACACAUUCAUUAACUGAGGGCCAUAUUUGUGAAUAUUAUAUGUACACAUUAGAAACAUUCACUUCACUCGCUACCCAGUUAAAUAGAUUGUUUUAAACCCCCCCCCCCCCAAUUAUCUGGUUUCUAAUAGUCCCCUCACUGUUGUAAAUUCAGAAAACGUACAUCCACAGGAAUGAAUAACUGUUGUGAAUAUUCAUUAACUGACUCAUUAACUGGUUGAUGUCAUCGCUUGAUGAGUAAAAUAUAUUACGCAUCCUGACAUGUUUGUGAAAUGUGCAAGUGAAAGUCAAAAUGACAAAAUCUGUGUUAGCUUACAUAUUUGACAUUCUGAUAUGGAUCUAUGUGAAAGCCACUGUCAUCAAUUAACAAUUGAUAUUGAGAAAUAUACAGGGUACAUAUUAGUUAGGUCACAAGGUAGAAAUAUAAGAGGAUGUUCUUUGCAACACUUGACUAAUACUAACCCUAAUGUGGACACAUAGUAUUGACCUGGAAAACCAUAUGAAAGAGUGUUGAGCAUCAAUUCCACUGAGUUCCUCUUAAAUUCUAAUAUUCAAAAGCGAGACUUGGUAGAUUUCACUGUGUUAAAGGGCCAUUUUGUACAUUUUUCAUAUUGUAAAUAUCUCAGUUAGAACUUUAUCAGCCGCAUUUGAAGUUGGCUCCUCUUAUUUCUAGAUUUAGUUGACAGUUGUUGGCAUACUAUUUCUGUCUGUUAACUGGUUGAAUUAAGGAUUUGCAUGCUGUCAUUGCAGAAUUCUGUUUUAUUAAAGUAUGUCUCUGCUUCUUGUUGGAGGUUUAUCAGUAAAAAUGAGAUUGAUUGAAGGAAACACAAUGAGGCUGGUAUGUUAUGAUGUAAAUUCUGCAACACUUUGCUUUUAAUGAAAUACAAAUCUUGUCAUGGAGUACAUAUAUAAAGGGUAAGGAAAUGAGACAAGUUAAUACACAUUGUGCAUUUGGUGCAGUGGAUAGAAUAAAUACUGUAGCUCUACUGAAACAUCCAUUAAA